UCCAAUUGAGCGCGUGUUGUUGUUGUCGUCAAACGCACUACUCGAGGCGAAGGAGUCGCGAAAGACUCUCCGAUUCAACGAUCAACCGAGAGGUAGAGCUUUAAGCGGCAAAAAUGUUGCGAAGGCAAGCAAGGCUGCGUCGCGAGUACCUUUACCGAAAAUCCGUGCAGGACAAGGUGAAGGGUAUCCAAGAGAAGAAGGACCAGCUGAAGCGCAGCCUGGAGGAAAACGUGCCGAUCCACCCGGAUCUGAGGAAGAGCGCGUUGCACGUGCAGAGGAAGAUCGAGUGGGAGGAUGCCGGGCCGGAGAUGGCGGUGGCCAGGGGCACGGAGAUGGGCGGCACCGUGGCCAGCCACGAGGACGACGAGUACCGCUGGGCCGGCGUCGAGGACCCGAAGAUCGUCAUCACGACGUCCCGCGACCCGAGCUCGCGGCUCAAGAUGUUCGUCAAGGAGCUGCGCCUGAUAUUCCCCAACUCGCAGCGGAUGAACCGCGGCAACUACGAGAUGAAGCAGCUGAUCCACGCCUGCCGCGCCAACGACGUCACGGACUUCGUCAUCGUGCACGAGCACCGCGGCGUACCCGACGCCCUGGUCGUCUGCCACCUGCCGUACGGCCCGACGGCCUACUUCACCCUGUCCGGUGUCGUAAUGCGCCACGAUAUACCCGACAUUGGCACGAUGUCGGAGCAGUAUCCCCAUCUGAUCUUUCAUAAUUUCAAGACGAGAUUAGGGGAGAGAGUGAUGAAGAUACUCAAGUACCUGUUCCCCGUGCCGAAGGAGGACAGCAAGAGGGUGAUCAGCUUCGCCAAUCACGACGACUACAUAUGCUUCCGGCAUCACACCUACAAGAAGACCCAGGGAAAGAACGUCGAGCUGACGGAGGUUGGACCGCGCUUUCAGAUGAAGUUGUACGAGAUCAAAUUGGGGACCCUGGACGCCGAAUCGGCCGCUGACGUGGAGUGGGCCUUGAGGCCUUACAUGAACACGAGUCAUAAAAGGAGAUUUUUGUCCGACGAAGAUGGUUGGCAACAGGAGGACAACGUUUAAUUUAAUUCCGCUAUAUACACCUGUAUAUAUUCGUCAGUUAAUUUUGAUAAAUUUUGUUAAAGCCGCA